CAUAUUGUGUUGUCUUCUAUUUGUUUCCAUUACGAUAUGCGCAGCGUGUUUAUUUAUUAUUGUUUUUUUUUUUUUUUUUUUUAAUAAUUAAUUCAAACCGUAUCAUUGACGAAUGUGAUAUAAUAUAAAAUCGUAAUAAUAUUAAUAUUAUUAUUGUAUACGAUCGAGAGCUAGAAUAACUAGAAUAAACAGUUCACCAGCUAGGCAUUAUUGCGUGUUAUGGACACGGGAUUGUUUAUAAUAUUACUCGAAAACAUGUAAAGGGAAGGUCACGACGACGACUAAUGUUUUAGAAGAGGGGAUACAAAAGAAACGAAUAACUACUACACAUAAUAAAAUAAUGAAAAGUUCGAGGGACUUUUAUAAAGAUCUAGAUUAUGUAACGAAUAAAGUACUAAAAAGUGAAAUAGCUGGACCUCCGUGGUAUCAAGAGUUAACCAUCUAUCAGAUGAAUAUUAUUGACGGUCUUCAAAAUCACAUAGAAAAUGAUUUCAAUAAUAAUGAUACUAAAAGAGUGAGACAAGUUCUUAAAGAAUUGGGAAUUCAAACAAAAAUACCCCAUAAAGUAGCAAAAAAUGCUAUUUUAUAUAGCAAAUUGUAUUCGAUUGAUUUUUUACAAAAAAUUAAAGAAUAUAUAUGUAAAAAAAUAAAUCAUAUUUCAAAAAAAACUGAUCCAAUGAAAUAUACUACUGAAGAAUGCCUUUUAAUAUCAGGGAUUGUGCAUAUAGGACUACCAAGUUUAUUUAUGAAACUUGACUAUUGCUUGGGUGAUCAUAUGAUAGAAAAAAAACUUACUUUGAAAAUUCCAAAUAAUGUAAGUAGUAAUAAGGAUUUUUUAAGCAAAAAUGAUUCAAAGACUUACGACGAUAUCACAAAUAAUAAGAUAGUCAUAACUGAAAAUGACAAACAUUUGUCCAAAACUGAGCCAUUUGAUUUUUCAAAUCAAAAACAGGAAAAAUCUAAUCAUGAUGAAUUUGGAACUGUCAUUCCGAGUACUAUAUCAGAUAUAUUAAGUUUUAGCGAUUACAGUUCAUAUAAUAGCGAAUAUUUAAAUUCAACACAACUUAUUCGUCUUAAAAAGUCAAUUCCAUUUCAUUAUAUUGAAUAUGAAGAAGUGAAUGAAGAAUCGGAACCAGAAGAAACAAUUGAAGAUGAAGAUUUUUCAUUUUUAAAAGAAGACAAUGAAUAUGAUGAAAAUGUUCUAUUUAAAACUGAUUUUAACUUUAAGCAAUGUUUUUUUGGAAGAUAUGCUAAUAUUGACUAUGGUAAUCCUACAGAAAAAAUAUCACAGAUUCUUGAAAAAUCGUCAGUGUCUAAUAUCAUGAAUAAUCAAUCGAGAAUUGAAGACUCAAUGAUAAGAAUGUUCAGUUAUAAAAAAAAUGUUUUUCCAGAUUAUCGAUUGCAUUCUAUUGGUACAAAAAUGUCACAACAAUACAAUAAACAAAAUCUUAGUUCCAAUGAAAUGAUAAACGAAAACGAAAUUAAACAUAGAAGUCCGGAAUCAAUGAAUAGUAUACCAAAAGUAUCGGUUGAAUUAGAUUUAUAUAAGACUAGCAAUUCAAUAUUAAAUAUUUUAAAUCCUGAUAACACUUCUAAGAAACGUGAAUCAGUAAAAUCACUAAAAAAUGAAGCUAUUGAUCAGUCUGACACGUACAAAAAAAUUAUGCAAAAAAAGCACAUUUAUGAUGAAAUUCUUGAAAAUAUGCACAAACUGCCAAAGUGGAAAAAGCUAAAGACAGUGUUAGAUUUCUUAGCUAUAUUGGGCGAUCCGAUUGCACGUUUGCCAUGUAUAAUUAAAUUAGAUACCAUUAGAUAUUGGUACAAGUCACGAUUAAAUAUUAACAGUAGUCAUCUUACAGAAAAACAAGAAGCUAAAUUAUUAGAGUCUUCAAAAAGGUUGUGGAAAUCUCCGAGGUCCAAGAUCAUGGACAAAUUAUCUAUUCCACAAAGUCCAUUCAGUAAUCAAGAGAUCUGCUUUAAAUUGACGUGGGAUAGAAAAAAAAUGGCGUUAAAAAAAAUUAACGAGAUUAAAAAUAGUUAUACAAAGAGAUUUAAGGAACUGGCGUUAAAAAAUACAAGAGAAAUGUAUCCUACAUUUAAAACGAUACACUACAAGAAUAAGUUUAAUAAGGAUUUCAAAAGAAUAUAUUACUCUUACUUUCCUGCUAAGGAAGGCGAUAUAAUAUGGCGACAGAUAACCUCAAUACCUUCAGGGAAACAUUAGAAAAAAUUGAAAAAUACAAUUAAAUUUUUUAUUAUUUGAAUAACAAAUAUAUUACUAUUUGAAUUACCUAAUAAAAUAUAUUUCACAUACACUUUUAAA